UAAAUAAAUGUAGGUAUAAAUGUAGACAUACUUAAUGAUGCAUAGCUUAGAGUAUGAUGUAGUUAACAUUUCUCGGGUUUAGAAAGUGUCGAAUAUUUAUAAAACCUUGUUGUGUAUUUAUAAAUUUACCAAAUAACGCUAUUACACUGGACUUUAGAUAAAAGCAAUAACAUGCAUUUAACGAAUUAACGUUUUUUAGGAAAAUAAACAACUAUAAGUUUUGUUACAAUGGGUGCUUCCAAGUCUAAACAGAUUACUAAAAAGGACAAAAAGAAGACUGGGGGAGGCGUUGGAGGAGGAAAGAAAACUAAAGGAGCUGGAUUGGGCGGCACGAGGCAUAAGUAUUCUGAUGAUGACGAUGAUCAUAGUGUAGGAGAGACAGCUGAGCCUGACGCAGUUGUAACCAGUGGUGGAGACAGCGGUGGGGAUGGCAAAAGUUCUGGUGGAGACUGUACCAGUGGUGGAGACAGUGGAGGCGUAACGGAGAGUAGUGGAGGUGGCGGAGGGUACAGCGGCGGUGACAGUGGGGGAGGGGGUGGAGGGUAUAGUAGUGGUGGGGGAGGCUACAGCGGUGGAGAUAGUGGCGGUGGGGUUACAGCAGUGGUGGCGGAGGAGGGGGAUAUAGUAGCUUUGGUGAUAGUGGCGGCGGGGGAUACAGUGGGGGUGGGGAUAGCGGCGGAGGAGGAGGGGGAGGAGGAGGAGGUGGCUGUGGGGGCGGCGGAGGUGACGACUAAAAUAUUAUGCUAAGGACUUACUUCACUAGUAUACAAUGACAUUAAAUUUUGUGAUAUUAUACAUUUUAUAGACAUUCACCUAUAUAUAUAUAAAAUAUUGUAUAGUAUGUUCAAGUAUGGUUUUAAACCACCAUUUAUUACACCAAUUUUACCUGUAACAUGACCCACGCGUAUAAUUCGUGUUCACAAAUGGUAAAAGUUACAGUAAAAAUUAUGAACUCCAUACUCGAAAUUUAAGCUGUUUUUGUUUAUAAUUUUCUUUUUAAAUAAAGGUACCUUUAUAUGAGA